AUGUCCCGCCGCGAUGGCGCACGUGAAACUUCGAACCUACCAGACAGUGUGGAGGGGGCGCACGGUGGUCGUGUACCAUCUGAGGCCAACACAACGGCGCCGAAACUUCCGCCGUUGAAGCUCGUGUAUGAGAUCACAUCCCCACACCUUCCUGCAAGCUUCCUGGAAAUUUUUCCCGCGAUGGUGCGGGAUGUCAGUCUCCGCGGUGACAUCUGUCUCCCAUCCAUUCCUCCGUCGCAGAGGGACGCUCUCUUCGCCCUCGCGGCCAAUUAUGGUUCCGCGUGUAGCAUUGCCGUGGAUGGCGAGGGGAAGUUUCACCUGCGCAAUGGCGCUUUCAAUUCGCAUUUGCAGGAGAAGCUGGCCGAAGAGCUGCAUUACCUGCACGACAAGGGAGAGCAAGCCCCAGCAGAUGCCCCAGUGGUGUUGCACUGGGCCUUUACGGAUCGCAACCUACAUCGAGAAGUGGUGACGCUGUUGCAGGUCCUCGCCUACGAUACGGGUGUCUUCCUUGGCGAGCGCCUAUUUGAUGGGUCGUACAUUUACCGUCUGGAGGUUGCCCUGCUGUAUCUGCCGCACUGGGAGACGGAGCUACGCAAACUCAUUGACCCAUGUCUGCAGGGGGAGGCCGAUCCUUUUCCAAUCCCCGCGGCGGCACUGCAAGAUGCCUGGGUGAUGAAUGCGUAUCGGAGGUUUGUUCGACCAUUUUUAUACGAUUGGAAUCGCACGACGACGCGGUGUGAAGUAGGUAUUUCUCGCGAGGCCUCGGGGCAGGUGCCGAAGGAGGCACGGCUUUUAGGGUCUUCGUUUUCGCUACGGCAUGAAGUGAGUGCGUCAGGAAACGUCUUCUUCAGACGCUGGACACGACACCUCGUGCAGGUUUUCUCCAAGUAUGCGGAGGCGCUCAGGCGGCAGGACAGGAAGGGUGUCCAGAGGACGCUCGCAAGGUACGGCGGCGACCUCGAUCCCGUGGACACGGAGGACAUGACCCCGCACUUUGGGCUCUUUCACUGCUGCCUCGAGGCGCGUUACUACGAAAAGGAUUUGGCGGAGCUGGAGGACUUCGCCCGCCGCUGUGGCUACUUUGUGUAUGUGUCGAUGGAGGGCGAUCUUGCCAUGGUGCUGGCGACGGCACGACUGAGGCCGGCGCUGGCGGAGAAGUACAACCUAUGUUUCCCCAAUGACGGUGAAAAGCAGCGGCUUCUGCGCCAGGCAGAGCCGCACGUAAAUGUUGGACCCCUGGAUGGUUCAAUUCGUCACGCCCCACUGCCGCGGCAAACACGAGCUGGUAACCGUUAUUCUGGCGGCAAUGACAAGAAGGUGUCACAAAUGGAACUAAUAAGGUCUGGUGACAGCGACAGCAGCAGCGGCAGUAGCAGCAGCAGCAGCAGAAGUAGCGGCAGCGGCAGUAAUCGUGACAAGCGUCGUGCCCAGAGAAGAAAACUGGAGAUUAAAGAAACAUCAUGGAGUAAGGGAGGAAGGUGCAUUGGCUUGGGGGGCGAACCUGAGAGUUAUGCUUCAAAGGCACCACUUGCAGCUUCGGCUUCGUCGCCGGCGCAUAGCAACGGUGAAUAUUCGUACCGUUCCCUCGCAACAAGUAAUCUUUACGACACGAUAGUGGGGAAACUGCAACGCAAUCUGCCACCGGGGUGGAGUGUGCGCCGUGAUUCUGCGGGUGGGCGAUAUAUCCUUGAUCAUUUGCGAGGUAGGGCGUAUCCCAGAGACUCGCCGAUGUUAUCCAUGGAGUUUGCAGCGGCGCAGCGGGAGUUGUAUGAUGUGCUGGAUUCCCUGGCGUGA